AUGCAGAUCAGUCUGAGCGUCUCUUCAUCCUCCCAGUCGAGCUCCAAGGAAACAUUUGCUUCCACCACGUCAGCCAGCGCUAGUGCUUCCGGAUGGUGGUGGAAUGCUUCCGCCAGCUUCAACCACUCCGAGGCGUCCAUGAAAGCUUCCAACGCAACUUCCAACUGCGCAGUGGACAUUAAGUUCGAGGCUCUUCUGGUGACAAUUGACCGUGCUUGGCUGCAUGGCGAACUGUUCUCAGACCCCGAACUUAACACUGGCGAUGACGUGAAGCUGUCGCCUGGCGCCCUCGACCUACACAAGCUUAUCGAUCAAAAGAACGACAAGGCUUUGGCCAACUAUCCCUAUUUCCCGUCGUACCCUACUGCUUUCAUCGUGGCGUCUAAUGUCGAGCUCGAAUUCCGGGGCGACACCUCGGCGCUGGAAGAGGCCGUCGAGUCCUCUCACACUGAUGCCCAGGUCAAAGUAGGCUAUGGACCAUUCAGUCUCAGUGCUAGUCACAGUCAGGACAAAUCGAGUGCCAAAACAAAGAUGGAGACUACAGCGACGGGCACACGCAUUACUUUGGAGGCCCCCGCCAUCAUUGGCUGGGUUAGCCAGCUUGUGCCCCAGUUGCCGCGCCCUAAGGGAGGAAGUUCGUUGAUAGGCCCGAUGGUUUGA